UUCCUGUUUGUGCAACAUCAUCUCCGUCAGCCUGCAGCUGCUGCAGGUAGGUCUCCUGCGGGAAGAUGGCGACGGAUAAACAGAAACAUGAAGGAAGGGUGAAGAUAGGACACUACAUUCUCGGGGAUACGCUUGGGGUAGGAACCUUUGGGAAAGUUAAAGUUGGACAGCAUGAACUGACCAAGCACCAAGUAGCCGUGAAGAUCCUGAACAGACAGAAGAUCCGUAGCCUGGAUGUCGUGGGAAAGAUCCGCAGGGAAAUUCAGAAUCUCAAGCUCUUCAGGCAUCCUCAUAUAAUUAAGCUUUAUCAGGUGAUCAGCACACCUACAGAUAUCUUCAUGGUGAUGGAAUAUGUCUCUGGUGGAGAGCUCUUUGACUAUAUCUGUAAAAAUGGGAAGCUGGAUGAGAAGGAGAGCAGGAGGCUGUUCCAGCAGAUCAUCUCGGCGGUGGACUACUGCCACAGACACAUGGUGGUGCACAGAGACCUCAAGCCCGAGAACGUGCUGCUGGACGCGCACAUGAACGCCAAGAUCGCCGACUUCGGUCUGUCAAACAUGAUGUCAGAUGGGGAAUUUUUGCGAACGAGCUGUGGCUCUCCAAACUAUGCUGCCCCUGAAGUAAUUUCAGGAAGGUUGUACGCCGGUCCAGAGGUGGACAUCUGGAGCAGUGGCGUAAUUCUGUACGCCUUGCUGUGCGGGACCCUCCCGUUCGACGACGACCACGUGCCGACGCUGUUCAAGAAGAUCUGCGACGGCAUCUUCUUCACGCCGCAGUACCUGAACCCCACGGUGAUCAGCCUCCUGAAACACAUGCUGCAGGUGGACCCCAUGAAGAGGGCCACCAUUAAGGAAAUCAAAGAGGAUGAGUGGUUCAAAGAAGGCCUUCCCAAGUACCUGUUCCCUGAAGACCCCUCCUACAGCAACUCUAUGAUCGACGACGAGGCCCUGAAGGAGGUGUGUGAGAAGUUUGAGUGCACCGAGGAGGAGGUCCUGACCUGCCUGUACAGCCGCAACCACCAGGACCCGCUGGCGGUGGCCUACCACCUCAUCAUCGACAACCGGCGCAUCAUGGACGAGGCCAAGGACUUCUACCUGGCCAGCAGCCCGCCCGAGUCCUUCCUGGACGAGCACCAGCUGGCGGCCGCCAAGCCGCACCCCGAACGGGUGCCCUUCCUGGUGGCCGAGACGCCCCCCCGGCCGCGCCACACCCUGGACGAGCUCAACCCCCAGAAGUCCAAGCACCAGGGCGUGCGCCGGGCCAAGUGGCACCUGGGCAUCCGCAGCCAGAGCCGGCCCAACGACAUCAUGUCCGAGGUGUGCCGCGCCAUGAAGCAGCUGGGAUACGAGUGGAAGGUUGUGAAUCCAUACUACCUGCGUGUGCGGAGGAAGAACCCGGUGACUGGUAUGCAGACCAAGAUGAGUCUGCAGCUCUAUCAGGUUGACAGCAGGACCUACCUCCUAGACUUUCGUAGCAUAGACGAUGAAAUGGUAGAGGCCAAAUCUGGGACUGCCACCCCUCGCAGGUCAGGCUCGGUGGGGAACUACCGAGCCUCUCUGAAGAACGAGGGGGAGGGGGGCGAGGCCAAGGCCGAGGCGUCCGUCAAGGGGUCGGACGGCUCCUUGGCGUCCUCGCUGACGUCCUCGGUCGACUCGGCCAGCGGCGACUCCUUCCCCCGACCAGGAAGCCACACAAUAGAGUUCUUCGAGAUGUGCGCGAACCUCAUCAAACUACUUGCACGAUAAUUUUCCGUAUUAGCCUUUGAGUGUCUAUAGCAAUAAGCAUGCAAUUGAUUCAUGGCUCAAUUCCUCCCAUCUUGGAUGAGCUAGUUCCAUGGCACUGAUGCAGUCUCGCUCCCUGCGAUUUGGGCGAACUCGGGUUGGGAAGGUUUCUCGAUCGAUAAUUGCUAAGCCACUUUAUAGUAAGUAGAAUAUUUUUAGGUUAUUUUACAUACUUCUAGAUCAUAUAUCUGAAGGUCCCCAGGACACAUUUAAUCAUCCUACGUAUUUGUCAUCAGAGUGAUACACUGAAUUUCCUGUACUGUAUUCAGUGAUGUGUCAUCCUUGUCUUGUAGAGAAAACAAAGCAAAGUUUACCUGCAUGCGUUAUGGAAAUGGAUGCAGGAAGCACUUUUGCACAGUUUUCUUGUACUUGCUGCUCUGAUUUUAAAAUUUGAUGAUCUGAGUACCAUUGCAGAACUUGUAUAACAAGCUGCACAAUGCAGAUAUGAUCAUCAUUCCAAGGAAGUACACUGAUCCUGUACAUCUCUCCAGUUAGUGUUGCAUUUUCAUUUUGUGUGAAUAUCAAUCAUUUUAAAGAUUAGCUGUCCAUGGCUUUUCCAAUUUGUAAAAUGUUUAUUUUCAAUUCAUUUGUCCUGAUGCGUUUUAUAUAUAAAGAAUAAAUAUUUGAAUCUGGAUAUAUUUAUCAAUGCUUUAAAGGGGAUCCUAGAUCAUAUUCUAUAAAUGUGGAUUUUUUUCCCCCAAGUUAUAUCGCUGGAUGACAUUUUAUUCUUGACUAUGUUAAUGUUUCCUGAAUCAUUAGUGCUUUUUCAUUUUAAUUGCACAGUUAUUGUGCUACACUUGAUUGCUCCAAUGUCUUCAUUAGUCAAAAGCUGCCUCAAUGUGAGUGAACAUAAAUAAAUAUUUUGUAACAAAAUUAAAGAACAAAUUAUUACAUUUUAACCAAAAUGAGAUUUGCAAAGCAGCUUGACAAUAUCAGUUCACAGAUCUGGCCCAGGAUGAUGUGGGCUAACGAUUGUCUUAAUGAAACAUAGCAAACUAUUCAGACCGUUCAAGUUAUUUUGAGAUUGUGCUGAAAAACCUGCUGUACUGUGGUCAUGCAGAAAAUGUGUUUCUUAAAUGGGGGUUUAUAAUUGGCUUCCCCGAGUUUAAUUUUCUUAUGUUCUGGGGAUUUGGUGUCCUAUCAGUAUUGCAGAACCCAUGAAUUUCUUAGUUCAACUCACUCUAGUGUUGAGUAGAAAUAGUUAGGGUCUUUGGGCCUAUUUAGAUAUUUUGACACGUGACCAAAUUCAAAUGUUUGUUUAUGAAACAUAUUUUAAUUGAGAGUGCAUAAUGAAGAGAUAUGGUGUAUAUACAGAUGACCCCAUGUUUGUUUUGUUUUUUUAAAUUUGAAAAUAGUUGAAAUGAGGAAUGCUGAUUUAUGUCCCUGGACCCUAAAAUAUCUUUGAUUGAUGUGUCUGCCAGUGGACUAGCAAGACACUUCAGAUGUUAAGAGGGAGCAUUAUGGAGUAUGCAGAGAAAAUGGAGUAUGCUGUGCACAACAUUUCAUUUUUAAUUUAAUUCAGCAUCUCUAAUUUUAUAUUGUAACAUUCCAUGCCUUUUGUGGGUAUGUGUUUUUUUUUUUUUAAUUUUUUUUUAUUUAAUUUUUUAAAAUAUUUUUUAUUCUUCAAACCCAUUUGUAAACUAAGGCCCCUAUUAAGUCCAUCCACAAUGCUUUCUGCCUUUAACUUUGAAUAGGGAAUGUAAGGAAAUGUCACUUUUUUAACAGAAUCUCGUGAGUUCUGUCUCAUGGGGCUGUUGCUGAUGUGCAUAAAGAGUUCAAGAAAUGUAGCACUUGCAUUAUUUUUUGAGUCCAGUUUAAGGACAAAACAUAAUAUGCAUAUGCAAACUGUGAUGCGAGUAGAUAUUCAUGCGAGCUAAACUGCCUGAAACUGGUGAAAUUGGUUAAAUCUAUUAGUGUUAUUCUCCAGUGAUGUGUUUGCAUACGCCCAGCGUAUAUUACCCAAGUCAUGUCCUCUUCAACGACAAACGACCCCGUUGGGAGGGGUAGGAUGCAUUAAUCCAAACACGGCUGCCCUGGAUGACCAUUUAUAAAGUUUUCAGAAGCCGCUCCCUCAAUAUUUCUGCUGCCUUACCAAUACUGUUUUUUUUUCUUUUCUUUUUUUAAAAUUUUAUUUAAAGCAAUGGGAAGAGAUCCCCACUGUUUGUAUAUGGCUGGUAGUGUGGAAGUAUUCUUGUCCAGGCUAUGCCACACCUGUUACCAAAAUAUCAGAAUUUUGUUACAGCUGUCACAAUGGAAGAUGUGCUGUAUUCAGCAGUAAUUUUGUCAAGUUUCAAGGGAGGACAUUUUUUGAUUUGGUCUUUGUCCUGAUCUAAAAUUCCUUAGUCACUGACUUAUCUGGGUUCUAAAAAUAUCAGACAGUAAUUCAGUUGUUUUCCUUCAGAAUGGUGCAUUUUAAACUUUUCACUUGGUAUGCCAGUAUUACAUGAUUAGUGAACAUACGAAGGGGAUCAGUCAUAGAAUCAUUUGUCUCAUUGUCUAAACUUUUUUCUUUUGUAAUGGGACCCUACUUGAUGACAAAUGUAUAUUUGAAAUCAUAUGUACACAGAAAUGCCUAAUAAACAGCUACAUUGCACAAGC